AAUUGUUUGUCGCGUAGUUAGUUAUAUUCUGGACGCUUAGAUCGCCGUUCGAAUCGCUCAUUCAAAAAUGUUGUGGGAGUUCCUUGCACUCUUUGCGAUCGCCUUUGCCUUGUUCUAUCGCUGGGCGACCGCCAAUAAUGAUUUCUUCAAGGAUCGGGGCAUACCCUUUGCGAAGCCAACACUCUAUUUUGGCAAUAUGACCGAAAUGUUUUUGAGAAAGAAAGCCAUGUUUGACAUAGUCUGUGAUCUAUAUACUAAAGGCGGAAGUAGCAAAUAUUUUGGUAUCUUCGAGCAGCGGCAGCCACUACUUAUGGUUCGCGACCCAGACCUGAUAAAGCAGAUUACCAUCAAGGACUUUGACCACUUUAUUAACCAUCGCAAUGUGUUCGCCACCAGCAGCGAUGAUGAUCCGCAUGACAUGAGCAACCUUUUUGGUAGCUCUUUGUUCUCCAUGCGAGAUGCCCGGUGGAAGGAUAUGCGUAGCACUCUGAGCCCGGCUUUUACAGGCAGCAAAAUGCGUCAGAUGUUCCAGCUGAUGAAUCAGGUGGCCAAGGAGGCCGUCGAUUGCCUAAAACAAGAUCAGAAAUCUGUUCAAGAGAUGGAUCUGGACAUGAAGGACUAUUGCACACGGUUCACGAACGAUGUGAUUGCCUCAACGGCUUUUGGGCUGCAGGUGAAUUCAUUUAAGGAUCGUGAGAACACUUUCUAUCAGAUGGGCAAAAAGCUGACCACUUUUACGUUCCUGCAAAAUGUUAAGUUCAUGUUGUUCUUCGCAUUGAAGAGUCUGAAUAAGAUUCUGAAAGUUGAGCUAUUUGAUAAAAAGAGCACUCAGUAUUUCGUGCGUCUGGUGCUCGAUGCCAUGAAGUACCGACAGGAGCACAAAAUUAUUCGCCCAGACAUGAUUAACAUGCUGAUGGAGGCGCGUGGUCUGAUCCAGACGGAAAAAACCAAGACGGGUCCCGUUCGCGAGUGGAGCGAUCGGGAUAUUGUUGCCCAGUGCUUUGUGUUCUUCUUUGCCGGCUUUGAGACUUCCGCUGUUUUGAUGUGCUUCACCGCUCAUGAGCUGAUGGAGAACCAGGAUGUACAGCAAAGGCUGUACGAAGAGGUACAACAAGUUGACCAGGAUCUGGAGGGCCAAGAGCUGACCUAUGAGGCCAUAAUGGGCAUGAAGUAUUUGGAUCAGGUCGUCUCGGAGGUUUUGCGAAAGUGGCCGGCGGCAAUUGCCGUUGAUCGAGAAUGCAACAAGGACAUAACCUAUGAGGUGGAUGGUCAGAAACUGGAGAUUAAGAAGGGUGAUGUUAUCUGGCUCCCCACCUGUGGAUUCCAUCGGGAUCCCAAGUACUUUGAGAACCCGAAGAAGUUCGACCCGGAACGCUUCAGCGAAGAAAACAAGGAUUCGAUUCAACCAUUCACAUACUACCCCUUUGGUCUGGGUCAACGAAAUUGCAUUGGUUCCCGCUUCGCUCUCCUUGAGGCAAAGGCUGUCAUCUAUUACCUCCUUAAGAACUAUCGAUUCGCCCCAGCCGAGAAAUCCUGCAUUCCCUCUAGAGCUUGCCAGUUCCGGUUUCCAAUUGGCUCCCAAAUCAGGAUUCUGGAUUAAACUCAUUGAACGAAACUAAUAUAUUCCAUAUGGACAAACUGUUUUGUUUAACUUGUUUAAUAAACUGUUUUGUUACGA